CAGCCCCGACAUGGCGGCCGCCACCAGCUGCUCGCUGCGCGCCAAGCGGCUGCUGCUGGAGCCCCGCUUCGAGGGCUACAAGCUGUCCCUGGAGCCGCUGGCCUGCUACCGCCUCGGGCUGGCCGACGGUGGAUGGUCAGGCUCUUCACUCCAUGCUCUGUUUCUUCUACUAAGCAAUAUCAGCAUUUAAGGAGCUGCUCUGCCAGUGGGUCAAUUAUCUCAGUCCUCAAUUUGCUGAGCCAUAUGGGGUAUGGGCCCACAUACAUACCCAUGCUCCCCUGAAAUUGCUCAGCAUUCUAGCUUUAUUGAUGGGUGAAAUCUGAGUCUGUUGUAAGCUGUAGCAGAAGUGAAACUCCGUGAUGAUCAAUAUACCCUUGACCACAUGCGUGCUUUUGGCAUGUAUAAUUACCUUCACCUUGACUCCUGGUCCCAGGAUAAUGUCUACUAUGUUGAUCAGUCUGGAAGGGUUAUGAAUUUGUCAGUGACUCUGGACACUUCUCUACAAAAGCCAAGAGAAGUUUUCAGGCUCCCUGCAGACUUGACAGCUUGUGAUAAUCGCCUUUGUGCCUCUAUAUACUUCCCAUCUUCCACGUGGGUUACCCUUUCUGAUGGAACAGGAAGACUCUAUUUAAUCAAAACCGGCAAGCGUGGAGACAGUGCAUCAGAAAAGUGGGAGAUUGUGUUUAAUGAAGAACUAGGCAGUCCAUUUAUUGUAGCACACAGUGUUUCAUUUGUAAAAUCUGGUACUCAUUCAGUAGCUGUGCUGCUGCUUAGGGUAGAAAAAGAUGAAUUGGACACAAAAGGAAGUGGAUUUCAUGUUACCUUGGAAUGGGUUACAAUUGCAGAGAUGAGCAAAGAGGGUGAUCAUCAAUAUGAAAUCUGCAGAAAGAGAGUUUUACAAGGCAAAUCAGUCCCCCAUUAUGCAGCAAUAGAGCCAAGUGGGGAUGGUCUAAUGAUUCUUUCCUACAAACCAUUCAAAUCUAUACAACAACAAGAAGAAAAGUUGGUAGAAAAUGAUGAUGCAAAAACAGCAAACGAAAAGAAAGACCCUCUCUAUUACUGGCAGCAGACUGAAGAUGAUGUGACAAUAACAAUUCACAUUCCUCAAGACAUCACUAAGGAUGACAUAAAAGUACACUUUUCCCCUGAGAACAUACGUGUUACACUGAAAGACCAGCCUCCUUUGAUGGACGGAAAACUACAUUCUUCUGUGGACCAUGAAAGCUGCACAUGGAUAAUUAAAGAGAACAAAAGCUUGGAAAUUUCUCUAAUUAAGAAAAAUGAGGGACUCCGGUGGCCAGAGCUAAUAAUUGGUGACACAAAUGGGGAACUCAUUAUGGACACUGAAAUGAGUGAAUGUCUGAUGCAUCUGACCUCCGAAGAAAUGAAUCCAAACCCCGAAAAGGAAAACCCACCUUGUAAUGCACAAGAAUUAGAAGAAUGUGAUGCUUUUCUUGAAGACAGUGCAACUUUAUGUAGAUUUGAUGGUGAUACCCUACAGGUCACUCAUGUAAUUAAUCUUGGAAGCAACCAGUAUCUUUUCUCAGCUGUUGUGGAUCCCAGAGAAAUGCCUUGCUUCUGCCUGAGGCACGAUGUUGAUGCUCUUCUUUGGCAGCCCCACCCUGACCAGCCAGAAAACAUGUGGGAACACAUUGCAACUUUUAAUGCUUUAGGUUACGUACAAGCAUCAAAACAAGACAAGAAGUUCAUGGCUUGCGCCCCAGACUACUCCUAUUCUGCUCUUUGUGAGUGCUUGCGGCGAGUUUUCAUCUACCGCCAGCCAGCUCCUCUGUCCACAGUUCUCUACAACAGGAAGGAAGGAAGACAAGUAGGACAGGUUGCCAAGCAGCUGGUAGCAACCCUGGAAGCCAAUGAUCCCAUUCUAGGCUUUCAAGCUACAAAUGAGAGAUUAUUUGUUCUCACAGCAAAGACCUUGUUUUUAAUAAAGGUGAACACUGGAAAUUAAUUACUGAGUAUAUUCUGCUGCAGUUAUGUUUAUGUUUAAGGAAUUGGUAGGUAAAGGAUCUGAAGAGUUCAGUAUGUUUUGCUGAAACUUAAAGGGAUUUUACAGGGGAAUCAUUAUUUUUGUUAGAACUUGUCUGUAAGUCAGUGGGAAAGUUUUUCAACUUUGCUGUCACUGAACAAAGCUUUUUUAGAGACACACAAAAAUACCUUUUGUGCUAGCAGCUUACUCAAAGCAAUUUUCAGAGGCUGCUGUUUACAUAGGUGAAACAGAUUUAUGCAUUGGUUUUUCCAAAUGACUCUUUGCCGCACUUCGAAAAUUUGAGAAUUCACUUCUGUUUUUAAUUGACACUGUUUACCUCUGAAAGAAGUAAUCAGGUAUAGAAAAUAAAGCCUUGAGUUACAAAUGUAUGGUGUGCAAAAUAAAGAAGUGUGUAUCAUAAAAAACUAGAAAUUCAAAUAGUAUUGGCCAAAAAAUGAUUGAAUAUUAUGAUAUUCAAUAACAUUGAAUGGAAUGUGAGUGGAAUGAAUGGAGUAUUGUUUCUUAUACAGUUAUUUAAUCCAAGUGGAAUGAUUUCAUUGUAUAUCCAAUAUGUAAAGUCUGUGACUUACUCAUGCUUGCAGUGGAAUCUAGUCACAUUUUAAGAGAUGUUGGAUAGCUUCUGGUAGAUUUUUCUUGAAAGAGAAUCAGGAUGACUGCAUAGCUGGUGACAACGUAGUGAAAGGUACAAGGCAAACUCUCAUACUGUCAAUUGUUAUUUUCAUUUGAAGAACUUAAGUGACUAAUUUGCAAUUAGAAAACUGCUAACAGGAAAUGUACCUGUAUUGUAAAAUGAGAUGGGAAACUCAAAGGUUCUGCUUCUGCCUUAAAUAAUGUCAUACCACCCUAAAUAAUGUUACUUGAUAACUAUUUUGUCCCUGAUGUACAAGUCCAAAAGUGGUGUGUUUCCAAUGUGAGAAUAUGAAUAUGGAUGCUUUAAAGAUGCUGUUUACCAAACAGGCAUGGUUAAUUUUGUUGAAAAGCUGUAUUUCAAGAUAUAUUUUUUUUUUGUUAAUUUAAAGUGACCAUGUCAAUACAGUUAAACCAAAAAGGGUCAGUUGUGUAAGUUCUACUCCCCACCUUUUUUUUUUUUCCUCCAUAAUUUGAUUAUAACUCCAUAGGAAUGAAUGCCUAAUGAAUACAUUGUGUACUAAAGCUGCCAUGACCUGUGCUACCGGAGUACUGAGACAAACAGUGUGUGUCCCCUGGUAGUCUGCAUCUCUGUCAAUAUUAUUUUGGACCUCUGUAAUAUUAUUUCAGACCUCUGUAAGAAUCUAUUGAGAAGAAAAUGUGUUCCUUUUCUAUGGACUAUCAAGUUUUUAGCUGUGGUUCUUUUGACUGUUCCAUAAAUUCUGCAGACUUGUAUCAGUGAAAUGAUUAAAUGAUAUGGUGGCAAUUUAAGAGGAAGACAAGCAGUUGUCUUGGGAAAAAAAAUCCAAAUUUAGCAGCUUUUCCUCAAAAGCAAAUUCAGCCUGAUUUUCCUCCUCUUUACUGCAAACCUUCACAUCUUUUAUUUUUUUUAACUGUUUUGAAAAUACUUUUUAAAAAGUCUCAGUGAAUGUAUUACUGUUUCAUGACUUUGCUUCUAAAUUUCCGUAUUGGGCAAUAAUGCCAAACAGCAUGGUGGAAAUCAUGUAGUGGACCAUGCAGUCAAUUACUUUGCAGCAUAAAGUAAGUGCAUUGAGAUUUAUUUGAAUAUUACUUAGUAACCUGAAUAUAGAUGAGACUUUCAGCUCUUUUUCUAAUUCCCCCUUGCUGUGGCGUGCACAUCUGGGAACAUAUUUCUGUUGUUUUCUGGAACAGAUAAAAAACAAAGUCAAGUAAAAUGGUCCCCUUUUCAGAGACUGUAUUAUCAUAUGUAGUGACUUAAAAUAUUCUUCUCCAAUGUGUGUCUGUUUCAAGGGAGUCAUUGUUUUCUCAUGGGAACAACUGAACAUGGUGAAGAGGUUCGUUCAUGUUCUCUGUUACUUGUCUAUCUGCAAUCAUGGGGUUCUCAGAAGGGAUGUCAGUCUCUUUUAUUUUGCUUUCCCUGUGAAUUAAGGACACUAUUAUUUAAAAUAUUUGCUGCCUUCAGGAACCUUGCAUGCUGUCGCACAGCAAGCUACUAUAAUUAAAUGGCUGCAAGCCGCAGGGAGGCACUUACUAGCAGCAUUUCCAAUUCUGUGUUCAGUUAAUUGUAAGGCUUAUUUGUUUAGUGUAUUAUUGCGGGCUUAUACAAAGUAUUGAAUGGGUGUAUUUAAGAGGUGGUUUUCCAAGAACCACACUUCAAUUUUUCUAGAAUUUUACUUCUUGAAAUCUAACAUUUUAAGACAGUACUUCCUGAAAAGUCCCAAUCACAGUCUGUUUACAGAAUUUCUGAGAAACUACUUGGCUAUUACAGACUUGCAUUAUUUAUUUCAAAUAUUCUCGUUAGUGUUUCCCUUGGUUGGCUGCACAUUUGGAAUGUAUCAUGUAUUCUUCUACAAGUUUAAAUAAAUGGAAACAAAAUGUUACAUUUAUUAAUAAAGUUUUUUAAAUUAUUUUAA